AUGGCUCCUCAAUCGGCGAAGCGGAGUUCCGCCAAAGACGAUGAUUUCGUAUUCACGCUCUCUGACGACGAGAACGAACCCCGGUUCGAGGAAGAAGACGAUGGCAACGAGAUGCAGGAUGAUAAUGCGCCGGCAGACAACAAGAAGCGCAAGCGCGAGGUCGAAUCCGUCAAGCCCAAAAACAAGAAGCAGAAGCAACAGGAAAAGCAGCAAUUGAAGAACGCCAAGAAGAACAAGAAGAAUGCCGAGCCCGCUCCCGAACCCGAGUCGGAAGAAGAGGAGGACGACAAUGCUGCAGCUGAUGCAACGGAAGACGACGGCGUCUUAAACCCCGAGUUCGAGUUCGAUGUCGGCGGUGUCGCGAACCAUGGUGUCACUGAAGGCUUUGAUGGCUGGGGCAUUGAUGACAACGAGGAGAAGCGCUCCGGCGACAAGAAGGCUGUCGAUAUUGACGAUAUCAUUGAGCGGAGGCAGGCCAAGAAGGAUGAGGCUGCUGCUAAGAAGCAGAAGAAGAAGGCUGCCGAGAAGGAAGAGAGCGCCAGCGCAUCUGAAGACGACGCUGCAUCGGGCGACGAAAUGCCCGUUGACUUCGAUGACGAUGAGCUCAUGGCGGAUGACGCCUUCGGAAUGGGCGCGUACGGCGAGGAAGAGAGUGAUGCCGAGGGCCCUGAGCCUGGCUCUGGGGAUGAAGACGAGGAGGACGAUGAGGAUAAGGACGAGAACGAGGAUUCCGACGACGACGCUGCAUCCGACAACGACUCUGUCGCCACACCCGUUGGUCACCCCGAUGACAUAGGCUCAGACCGGGAGUCCGAUGUAGAGAGCGAGGUGGACGAGGAGGAAGCAGAGAAGCGCAAGGCGUUCUUUGCCCCCCGAAGAAAAGAAUUCAAUCUUUCCCGCCCCAUCCUUCGAGGUCUCGCCGCCGUUGGAUUCACAGACCCGACCCCCAUCCAGCGCAAGGCGAUUCCCGUUGCUCUACUGGGCAAGGAUAUCGUCGGUAGUGCCGUGACUGGUUCAGGAAAGACCGCUGCCUUCAUUGUUCCUAUCCUCGAGCGUCUCCUCUUCCGCCCUCGGAAGGUCCCUACAAGUCGUGUUGUGGUUCUGAUGCCCACUCGUGAGUUGGCUGUUCAGUGUUACAACGUUUCCGUCAAACUGGCCACCUUCACAGACGUCACAUUCUGUCAAUUGGUUGGUGGUUUCAGUCUUCGCGAGCAGGAGAAUGUGCUCAAGAAGCGUCCCGAUGUGAUCAUUGCCACCCCCGGUCGUUUCAUCGACCACAUGCGCAACUCGCCUAGUUUCACAGUCGACACCCUGGAGAUUCUGGUUCUUGAUGAGGCCGAUCGUAUGCUUGAGGACGGUUUCGCCGAUGAGUUGAACGAGAUUCUCACCACAAUUCCCAAAUCUCGCCAGACUAUGCUGUUCUCUGCGACCAUGACAGACUCGAUCGACAAGCUUAUUCGUGUCGGUAUGAACCGCCCAAUGCGCUUGAUGGUCGAUUCCAAGAAAAACACCGUAUCUACCUUCGUCCAAGAGUUCGUGCGUCUCCGCCCCGGACGGGAAGACAAGCGUCUCGGUUACCUUCUGCAUCUGUGCAAAGAAAUCUACUCAAAGCGCGUUAUUAUCUUCUUCCGACAGAAGAAGGAAGCUCACCGCGUUCGUAUCAUUUUCAGCCUAUUGGGCUUGAAGGCAGCAGAGCUACACGGUAGUCUGAGCCAAGAACAGCGUAUCAAAUCCGUCGAAAACUUCCGAGAUGGCAAAGUUGCCUUCCUUCUCGCCACCGACGUUGCAUCUCGUGGUCUGGAUAUCAAGGGUGUCGAGACCGUCAUUAACUACGAGGCUCCCCAGAGCCACGAGAUCUACCUGCAUCGUGUUGGACGUACAGCCCGUGCCGGCCGCUCCGGUCGUGCGUGCACGAUUGCCGCCGAGCCCGACCGCAAGAUCGUCAAGCUUGCCGUCCGCGCAGGCAAGGCCCAAGGAGCCAAGAUCGCCAGUCGUGUGAUCGAGCAAGCUGUUGCAGACAGCUGGGCGCAAAAGGCGGAGGAGAUGGCUGACGAGGUGGCCGAGAUCUUGCAAGAGGAGAAGACUGAGAAGCAGUUAUCUCAAGCCGAGAUGCAAUUCACCAAGGGUGAGAACCUCAUGAAACACGGUGCCGAGAUCAUGUCGCGGCCGAAGCGAACGUGGUUCGAGACUGAGAAGGAGAAGAAGGUUUCUCGCAAGCUGGGUGCUGUUGAAUUGAACGGUCCCAAUACCAAGAAGAGCAAUGUCAAGCUGAGCAACAAGGACAAGAAGCGUCUCGAUGAUAGGCAGAUGAGACACGAUGGUAAUAUCGGGUGGAAGAAGGGCAAGGGAGAUGCGGAAUCUGCUAAGGAUCCCAAGAAGGGCAAGGGCAAGGGCAGCAAGAAAGGGAAGAAAUAA